ACGGCCACACCUACUCUGUCUGCUAGUAGCGGAGAAGAAGAAGCUAGUCAGGAGAAAAACAUCAUGCUUCCCUGCUCUAACUUUAAUUUUACUCGCAGAAAAUCCCACUUCAGCAGAUAACUCUAGUUUUAUACCUCUCUCUGUGGAUUUUAUUGGAUAUUUUGAACGUUUCCUCGAUUUCUCAUCAUUUUAAAUUUCCCCUCUGUAAGGACAGUUGAAUAUUCUGCGAUCAAACAUGUUGCAAAGCUUCGCUCAGUCGCAGGAUUGGCUUUACUCCGAGCCGCUGCUGUUUGACGAUGAGUUCUGCCAGAGUUUGAUGAAGGACCUCCAGUCGCUGCCGACACCACCGCAGUCCCCCCCCAUGAAGGCCGGGGUAGGCGGGAGUAAGCCCCUGUCCAAGGAGGACCAACUGAGCUAUGUGUCGGACAUACUGCUGGAGGAUCACGACAUGCAGCUCAACUGGAACUACGACUUCUUCCACUCUGAUGCUUCUGAGAAGGAGGGCGAGGCCAUCCAGCCCUGCUCCCCCCUGGAGGAGAGCGGCGAGGACUGCCUGUGGCAGAGCUUGGAAGAGAAGCUGGUCUCCUCAAUGCUCGGCUCUAGCCCGCUGCUGUCUGACAUCAACACCAGCAUCUUUGAGGAGAUCGCCGGCUCCACGCUGGACUGCCAGAACCUGAUGGACACUCAGGAGCCCAGCGAGGCCACAUCAGACUACGGAUCAACGGGUGGCGAGAUGUCCAACUAUUCAUCCAGUGACUCUGAGGAGGAGAUUGAUGUGGUGACAGUGGUGCGCUGUUCCUCCAGUCCCUCCCCUCUGCCCUCACUGGCUGACCUGUCUGUCCGUCAGCAGAAGCAGGAAGAGGAGCAGCGAGUUCUUCAGCGUCACCACUUUGAGAUCCAGCUGCAACACAACUAUGCAGCGCCCUGUCCUGCCUCACCGCCACCUUCAUCCUCUUCCUCCUCCAACAAACGCUCGAGAGGGAGCGACGGCUCAUCGCGCUCUCACCACUCUUCUCGCAGCUCUUCUUCAUCAUCAUCCUCGUCCCGGUACCAUCACCACUCGUCCCGGAACUCAACAGAGACGGAGGAUGAGGAGGAGCGGCGGCGGACACACAACGUGAUGGAGCGGCAGCGGCGCAACGAGCUGAAGAACUGCUUUAUGCGCCUGCGUGACAAUGUGCCCGAGCUGUCGCACAAUGACAAGGCGUCCAAGGUGGUGAUCCUGAAGAAGGCCCGAGACUGUAUCUACGGCCUGGAGGACGAGGGCCACAGACUGCAAUCCAAGAGGGACAAACUUAGAACCAAACAGGAAGAGCUGAAAGCCAGGCUGGAGCAGCUUCGCAGCUAAUGGACCAGGGGGAAACCAUCGGCUGCAUUUUUAGGUGUUUUAGAGACGAUGUGGGGGGGCGAGGGGGGAUAAGGGAAGAGACUUUGUACAGACAGAGGGAUGGGCGGGGGUGGCGUGUCAUGCUGAAAAGAACGCACAAAGUUUUUCAUUUCAAGGACUUUAUGGUAACAAUAGCUCUGGAGUGAGUGUAUAUACUCAUACUUGCAACUGUUGCCAUGGACAAACACAACACACUCAUUGCCUCAGAAUUGAUCAUUCUCAUGCCUUGACUGCUGACUGUUGUAGAGAGUAAGACGUUUUUUAAAGUUGAAAGGAGGACGGAGCGAGCAGAUAGUGUUUUUAGUUUGGCUGGACUCACACUGAAAAACGAAUACCUUUUUUGUUAUUGUUUUUCUUUAUUUCAUCCCAAUUGGGAAUCUUUACUUUGGGGAUGCCAAAUGGCACAGGUGAAAUGCCACGAGGCGUGACGUUGGGUCAAAUAACUGGAAGCCACAUCAGCUCAGUAGUUAAAUGAAACUUGAAUAUUGUGUUUUCAGGAUGUCUUAUAGCCAUACUAACCAGUGAUCCCUCCACUCUGACAGGUGUUUGAUGGUGGCUUUGGAGUUAUUUGGUCAACUGCACCUCCUGUCAGUUCCAGUUAAAUUAAUUAAACUUUUUGAUAAAAAUGUUCUUCAGUGUGCUUUCAGCCCUGUUUGGCCUCAGGCGGACCCUUGGGCCCAACACCACUCUGUUAUCAGGUUAAUGUGUGUUAAUGACAGUACUGUAUAGACCAGGUUUGAUACUGUACACAACAAUGCUCAGUCUCGGGUUCAAUUCACCACCAGCUCACUUACCUCAGAGUAUGUGUGUGUUUGCUUAAGUUGAAAAUUUUUAAUUACAUUGUAUAUUUGUCAUUAAUAAACUGUUCAAGCUCAAUGGUAGCCAUAUUAAACAGCAUUCAGGUUUUGAGGAGACUGAACUGGAAAGUGAACUGAACUGUGAGCUGUGCUGACGUAGCUAAUCAGCCAAAGUCUGGACGGAAAACCGCUGGAUAACAUUUAAUUCUUGCAUGUCCGAGACAGAGUGACAGACCGAUGGUGUCCUGACAUUUUAUUUAAAGGUUCUGGUUGGAGGAAGCUGCAACAACAGCGAUACUGUGACAUUUAGUUCCCUUGCUCAUAGAGUAGCCAUUUCGCUUGGUGUAAAAUAAGAAAAACGGUCGACAUCUUUUACUAUUGGACGACCAUUAAUCCAGUGGAAAUUCCUAAAAUGUCACUGUCCUUCAUUAGUCAGUGGCCCUCAAUCAAACCUUCUUGGAAACUGGUAAAGAUUCUGAGAUUGUCACUCAAUCUCUAGCAGGUGUAAAGAAAGAAAAUGAGGCUCAUUUAAAGUCAUAAGGAUUGAAUUUUCCUAAAACUAAAAAGCUGUUCUCAUUAUGAGGAUGAAUAUACUGUAGUUCAGUUACAGAGCAAUCAUGCUUUCUAAGCAGAUGUGACACAGGAUCUUAACAAAAAUUUUCCAUUGUAAAAUAAGAUUUGAACUAUGUACAAGUUGCAUGAAUGAGGGCCACUGACCAACAUUCCCCUCUUUUUUUUUUUUUUUAAAGAGGGACCGCCUUCGUUGGCACCAUUUUGUGCCCCAUUGAACUGUUAUUUAUGAUCACAUGGACACAAAAUACCCGCAAAAGAGAGCUGUAACACAAAGUAAUAUUUUAAUGAAAAAAUUAAGGCUGUACGUGUUCACCAGGAGCCUGUUGUAUCUGCUUACUAUCAGGUGUUUUGUUGAACUUGUACUUUGGGCUGGAUCUGAAGUUUGAAAUAUUAAUAAUGGGGCUGAAUGUUUAACCAAAUGUCAUUUUACUCUAAAUAUCAAUUUUUGCCAAUGUUAUCCAUUAAUGUGCAGAUUGCAAUGAAAUGUCAAAAUGGGGGAGGGGGGGCUAAUUUGUGUCAAAUGUCUUAAAAUGCAUCCUGUUUUUUCCUCCUUCAGUCUGAGUUGAACAGACCCGGUCGGUAGGAAUAAUGAGAAUAGAGGUGUAAAAACCUGUUCUGCCUUGAAAUGCAUUUGUUCAGGACUCCUUGUUUCCUUGUUUGAUGACGUUGCUGUCUGGUUAAAUCCUUGUCUGCUUCUAACAUGAGCUAGUUUUUUCAGGGAAGCUUUAGCUUCUUGGUUUUUCUUCCAAACGUCUAAUUAUUUGUUUGUCAUUUUUGUAGAGCUUCACGGUCACAAAGAAUUGCCUUCUGAAGUAAAGACUCAGAUUUUAACAAGACAGCAGGGAUGAUUUUUUUUUUUCUUAGCAUGAUAAAACCUACCUCCACCUGGCUGCAGUCUGUCCUGUAAUGUUGUUGUUUUUCCUGGUUUAAAUAUUGUACAGAUUUUUUUUUUUUUAAAUGUAAAAAUUUUGUUAUUGUAUCAUAAAUUAUUUUAGUCUUUUUUUCUUUCUUUUUUUCUUUGUUCAUUUAAAUUUGAGAACUUUAAAAGUAAUGUUAUUUCCAAACAGCACUUUUUUUUUUUUUUUUAAAAAUAUUGAUGUAAUUAAAGAAUGAGAGUUGGGA